AUGAAUAAUAUCCAUAUUCCGCAACGAAUUAAAUCAGCAGUAUUACAUGCAUGUUCAGGAUUUGCAGCUAUUGAUAAUAGAGCAUUCGAAACAAUGGCAGGUGACGGCUUCAAAAUUCUUCUACAAGAAAUAUUUGAUGCUGGUCGUGUACUCAACACAUCUUCAAUAAAUGUAGAUGCACUUAUUCCACAUCCUACUACGUUUUGUAUUGUUGUUGACCAAUGGACUGAGAAAUAUACCGGUAAGAAAACCGAUUUAUUUAUUGUUCGACUGUUUUUCAUCAGUUGGUACCUUUUUUCAUUGGAUCAAUUAGGUUUAAGCUAUUGUGGCAUUUCCAUUCAUUAUACCGAUCGUGAUUUUCGUUUAUUAAAUUUUAUACUGAGAUGCUAUCCAUACGACGCUGAAUCUCAUUCUGCACAACAUCUUCGUACAUUUGUCGAUCAAAAAUUAAAUGAAUAUAAAUUACGUUUAGAUAGUUUAAAAUAUGUUGUUACUGAUAAUGAAGCAGAGAUCUUGAGUGCUUUUCGUGAAAAUUGCACACGCAUUGAAUGUUCCGAUCAUUACAUAGAUCGUCAAUUAAAACAUGCAUUUCAAUCUCAACAAAUUCACGUUUCUAAAACUGUUAUUGAAAAUGUUAAUUGUGAUGAUAUUCAAGGUCUGUUUUCUACGAUAAAAAAUAUUGUUUCAUCUGUACGUCAUUCACAUAAGCAGCAAAGUUUACCAAAGAAAUUGCAGUCAUACAGUGGUACACGCUUUAAUGGUGUUCUAUACAUGCUAGAUGCUUUUCGUAAAUUGUUUGAUGAAUUACCACCUGUUCUGAUUAAUAGUAAAUUAAUUGAUGCUUAUCAAGAAAUUGAUAAACAAACAUUAGAUGAUGUAUGUGUUUUUCUUCAUCCUUUUGAAGAAGUAAUUGAAUCUUUAAGUGAAAAUAAAAAACCACGUUUACAUAGUGUAAUUCUAUUAAACCAAUAUUUAUUAAACAAAUCCCAUCGAAUCAAAGUUGCUUGGUUUAUUACUAGGGAGCACCGCCUAGUUACAAUAUUGCAUCCAAACUUUAAAAAAUUUGAGAGUUGUGCUGAUGAAAAGCAGGCUGCAUCAUCUUCACAUGUUUCAAUUAAAUGUGCUUCUUCUGCAUGGAAAGGUCUUUUAGCACAAUGUUUUGAUCAACAACAGAACGGAUUAAUAUCAUCAGCACACAGAUACCAAGAGAUUGACGAUAAUUUAAAUCGAGAUUUCUACUUUCAGGAGGACAUGGGACAAGAUGAAGAUAUUCACAUUGUGGAUUUUUGGCGUAAACAACAGAAUUCGUUUCCAACAUUACCAUUGAUUGCCAGGAAAAUUCUUCCAAUACCAGCAUCUAACACCAUAGUUGAACGCCAUUUUUCAUCAUCAAAACUUAGUGUCGGUGAGUGUAGAACGAAUUUAGGUAGUGAAAAGCUUAAUCAACUCAUGUUCCUUCAAAAAACCUUAGUUCUAUUGAAACAGCUUCGUCAAGUCAAUAAAUCACCAACAAAAAGAUCUAUUUCUGAUACAGUUUCAAUGAUGUCUGGAUAUUCCAGCGAAAUAAUUGUCAAAAAAAAAGCACGAGAAGAUAACAUAAAUUCAUCCAAUAACGAAAAUAGAAAUAUUGAUUUGUGCUGA